AUGAACGAUUUUGACGAUGAAACAGAUACCGAUGACGAAUUUGGUGAAGUUAACUUUGAUGAUGGAAUGACAUUCGAUUACGACAAACAAGAUAAGGAUCUUCCUCAAAAGAAGCAGGCAGAACAGAACACAAAACCUUCUGUAACUAACAAAAUUGCAAAACCAAAAUUGGAAGCUGAACCUUCAAUGAAAAUAAAACCAGAUAGUGAGAAAGAAGUUGAAGAACCUCCGAAAAUUUCAGAGGGGACUACAGAAUCAGCUUCUGAUAAUAUACAAAAGAAAACAUCCGUUGAUAAUAUAUUUGAAGAAAAAUCAUCAUUGCAGUCAAAAAGAAAUAACGUUAAGAAAGAUCUCCAAGUUUUAAAUGAAAUCUCAUCCAAUUCCAAACCAAAUAAAUAUAGUAAUGUGCCAAUGUGGGCACGAAAGUGGAAACCAACAAUAAAUGCGCUACAAAAUAUAGAUACAAAGGAUUUCAAGGUCGAUCCUUCUAUUCUGAAUAUUAUUCCAGACGAUGAUUUAACGAAAUCAGUGCAAGAUUGGGUUUACGCAACUGUCUACUCCAUCCCAGCAGACUUAAGGCAGUUCAUUGAAAUGGAAAUGAAGUUUGGACUUAUUAUAGAUGCUAAAGGACCCGACCGUAUCACUCCACCAAUUUCAUCACAAGCUAUUUACACCGAGUUAGAUGCUCAUUUAACUCCAAAUGUAGAUGAAACCCUUUUCAAAGAGCUAAAUAAAUAUAUUCGCGGCCUUAGUGAAUUGAACGAAAAUUCUGGUAAAUUCAGUGUAAUAGAGUCAUUAUCUAAGGAUUCUGUGUAUAGAGUGGGGCUCACGACCCAAAGACCUAAGUUUUUAAGAAUGAGUACAGAUAUCAAGACUGGACGUGUAGGGCAAUUUAUUGAAAAGAGACAUAUAGCUCAAUUGUUACUCUUUUCACCAAAGGACAGUUAUGACGCCAAAAUUUCCAUCAACUUAGAAUUGCCCGUACCUGAGAAUGAUCCACCUGAAAAAUAUCAAUCACAAACUCCUAUUAGUGAAAGAACUAAAGAUCGUGUGAGUUAUAUCCAUAAUGACUCUUGUACUAGAAUCGAUGUUACAAAAGUUCAAAAUCAUAAUCAAGGUGUCAAAGGGAGACAUACAGAGGUUACACAUGAAAUUGAAAUAGAAAUAAACACCCCAGCCCUUCUCAAAUCAUUCGAUCAUAUUACUUCUGAUAGUAAAGAGUAUGCAUCAGUCAUAAGAACAUUCUUGAAUAAUGGAACGUUAAUCCGUAGAAAACUAACGUCAUUAUCAUAUGAUAUUUUUGAAGGUCAGAAGAAAUAA